AAGAACCCCACGGGCACUGAGACCCAGCGGAACCCCCAGCUACCCUGCCAGUCAACACUGAACGGGAGACGACGACGUGCUAACGAGCUAGCCGGGUAGCUAUAGCUAUCCGGUGUGUGCGUGGUGGGGGCGAUUUAUACAAUAUUUACACAGAAUAUAUUUCACUUUUUAAGUUACCUAUCCAGGUCAUUUAAUAAUGCCCAGCAAAAAGAAGAAAUACAACGCCAGGUUCCCUCCGGCGAGGAUUAAGAAGAUUAUGCAGACUGAUGAAGAAAUAGGCAAAGUGGCUGCAGCAGUACCUGUUAUUAUUUCGAGAGCCCUGGAGCUUUUUUUGGAAUCGCUGCUCACAAAAGCAUGUCAAGUUACGCAGUCUAGGAACGCAAAGACAAUGACAACGUCACAUCUAAAGCAGUGUAUUGAGCUGGAGCAACAGUUUGACUUCCUGAAAGACCUGGUGGCAUCAGUGCCAGACAUGCAGGGCGAGGGCGAAGAGAACCACACAGAGGGGGCAGGAGACAAAGUCCCACGCAGAGGCCGAAAACCAGGGUCUGGUCGCAAGAAUGGAGGAGCCAGCUCCAAAGGCAAGGACAAGAAGCUGUCAGGCACCGAGUCCGAGCAAGAGGAUGACUCUGAAGACAGCGAGACAGACGGGGAAGAGGAGGACGGCUCUCAGUCAAGCACAACUCUGCAGCCUGUGUCCAAGUUUCAAAGCUCAGACAUGCCCCCCCAGUACUUGCACAUGGGCAACAUGGUCUCUAUGGGCAGCAUGGUGCCUGCACAGCCCCCAGGUGGCAUGGCCUUUGCCCCUCACCCCUCCAUGAUGAGUGCCACGCCACCGCCCCCCGCCCCUGCACCACACAAAAAUGAGGAGGACGACGAUGAAGACUAUGACUCUUAGCUCCCUCUCCCCCUCCCACAUCUCCAACACACACAAACACACACAUACACAUUUUUACCUUUAAUUUGGUUCUCUUAUGUUCUUACGGCGGGUGCUCUGAGCAGGGGAGGGAAAGACUCUUUUCAUCGCAGCCCGCUGACAGAAAAGCCCACGGCAGCCGGCCGUAUGAGACGCCUAGACAAGCCUGCCACGGCAGAAGACAGAUAACUGGUUGUAUAUUAUGUGUUUUAAUUUUCUUUUUUUUUUUUAAAGACGUUUUUAUUUUAUUGUAAAGGAGAAUCCAACCAGGAUGUUUUUUAAGAAGUCGAGUUGCUCUAUUUUGACGAUUAAAGUGGCAGUCGUCAGCGGUUUGCCACGAGUCCCUCAGACAGGCAAGGAUUGGUUUGUGUUACUUUGUAGUUUUAUUUUUCCUUUUGCACUUUGGUUUCUCUCUCAGUCCUCUGUAUUAGCCGUCAUUGUUGUGAAAAGAACAUAUCACUCCUCGUCGCUCAAACCCUCAGGCUGGUAAAGAAAAUUAAGAAUUCUAUACAUGGUAGUUAAAGCCUUAUAGCCUUUGAUGUACAUGCAAAGGCAACUACUUGAGAUGAUUUUUUCAGGGCAACAGUUUAUAAAGUAUUUUGAAAGCGACCAGCACUUGUCUAAAGGAAGGGAAUCAUCGAUCAUUGUCUCAUCAGAUGUUAUUAUUAAUUGCUAUGUUAUUAAUUGGCUAUGAAAAACUGCUGUUACGAUGUGGGCCCUACUUCCUGACUUUGUCACAACUUGCUCGUCCAGUCCAUUUGUGUAGCUGUUAUGUAAACAAGGAAGCAGGUGUGUUGUAUUUUUACUGUUGGUUAAACUGCAGCAUUUUGAAUUCAUUUCCAUUUUUAAUUCACAUUUUUAUAAGGAAACUGUCCUCCAGUCCGCAGCGUCAACCCCGAAGCCAAUCACGUCAGCAUGGAAACAAUUUCAGAGAGUUUGUUGUUUUCUCGACACUGUCAAUUACAAGCCACUGCUCUCGCGGUAUGACAAAUGGUAUUAUUUUGUACUGCUGCCACCCAACCCACACAAACCCCCCAUCUGCAUUGAUGACCCAGACGUCUGUGCAGCCAUGUCUAUCAGAAUUACUGUGACUCUCACACUAGAACUUUGUUUUUAAAUUUGCUUAGCUCCUUCCUUUUCUCCCUGGUCCACACUAAUUUCUAUUCCUUUCCGCUCAUUACACUCCCCCCACCCCACAUGCAUCUGCCAUUUCCAUUUCAUUUGUGGUCACCCCCCAACUCCCCCUUUUAGAUUGUUUUAAUGUAUCCACUGAAAGCAGAGAGAUAGGGUUCCCAUAUAUGUGUCAGUCUCAAUAUGAAAUGUUUCCAAAUAGACAGUUGAAAUUGACACUGUAUUGUAAACUUUUAACAUUCUUUUUAUUUUGUAUGGGUGAAAUAAAGUUCAGAUUUCAAUAAAAAAACAAUCAAAACUCAC